AUGGCCUCUGCAGCCCUGCAUUGGCGAACCCUUCGAGCUUUCUCUCGUCAUGCCACAAACCCUUCCGCCGGUCUCUCUAGGUUGUUCUCCAUCUCGCUACGCCGGUCCGAGAUCGACAAGAUUUAUCCUUCCGCGGCCGAAGCCUUGAGGGACAUGAAGCCCAACUCAACGUUGCUUUGCGGAGGAUUCGGUCUCUGCGGCGUGCCUGACACACUGAUUGACCAGGUUCUCCAAAAACCCGAAAUCACCGGUCUUACUGCCGUGUCCAACAAUGCCGGAACGGACAACGUUGGCCUUGGCAAACUCCUCAAGACAAAGCAAGUCAAGAAGAUGAUUGCAAGUUACAUUGGCGAGAACAAAACGUUUGAGACCAUGUACUUGACCGGCCAAGUCGAGCUGGAGCUCACCCCACAAGGCACUUUAGCCGAGCGUUGUGCCGCAGGCGGCAGAGGAAUACCUGCGUUUUACACGCCAGCCGCCUUUGGCACCGUGGUUCAAACUGGCGAUCUCCCGCUCAAGAACAAGGCCGACGGCAGUCCCGACGAGUACUCUUACCCCAAAGAUGUCAAAGUCUUCAAUGGCAAGUCAUACCUGUUGGAGCAUGCCAUCGACGGGGACUACGCAUUUGUCAAGGCCUACAAGGCGGAUAAGCUCGGCAACUGUCAGUUCCGUCUUGCCGCCCACAAUUUCAACGGCGCCAUGGGCCGAAAUGCGAAAAUGACCAUCGUUGAGGCGGAGCACAUUGUCGAGCCCGGAGAGAUCCCCCCCGAGGCGGUUCAUCUGCCUGGUAUUUACGUCAAGCGCGUAGUUCAGAGCACUAGCAAGAAGAACAUUGAAAAGUUCACGUUUGCCAAGGAGGAGGACAGUGAUGCGAGCGCCAGGGCAGCGCUCGGAACCGGCGACGCAGCCGCCAAAAGAGAGAGAAUUGUCAAGAGAGCUGCCAAGGAGUUCAAGAAUGGCAUGUACGCCAACUUGGGCAUUGGUAUGCCUAUGCUCGCACCCGGAUUCGUUGGUGCCGACGUCCAAGUGCAGCUCCAGUCAGAGAAUGGUAUUCUCGGCCUGGGGCCUUAUCCCAAGAAAGGCCACGAGGAUGCAGACCUUAUCAAUGCGGGCAAAGAAACUGUCACUCUGAACCGCGGCGCGGCGGUGUUUGGGAGCGAGGAAAGCUUCGGCAUGAUCCGUAGCGGCAGGAUAGACCUCACCAUACUUGGCGCCAUGCAGGUCAGUGCAACGGGUGAUCUCGCAAACUGGAUGCUUCCCGGGAAAGUCAAGGGCUUUGGUGGCGCCAUGGACCUUGUCAGCAACCCUUCCAAGACAAAGGUGGUUGUCACGAUGGAGCACACAGACAAGAAGGGCAACGCCAAGAUUGUCAAACAAUGCGCUUUCCCCCUAACCGGAAGAGCGUGUGUGUCACGAGUCAUAACUGAGCUGGGUGUCUUUGAUGUCGACUUCGCACAUGGUCUGACGCUCGUUGAGAUUGCGGACGGCGUCACGGUCGACGAGAUUAAGAGCAAGACCGAAGCCCCGUUCACAGUGGCCGCGGACCUCAAGCCAAUGCUGUAG